CUCGUAAGGUAACCAAUGGAAGACCAUAUCCUUGAAUUCUUUCAAUGUUUAUGUUUACAUAAAGUAUUCGCUUUACCGCUUCCAAUAUGGCGGAGGCGAAAGCACUUUCGCUUCGAAAUAUGUCAAAUAAUUUUCCCUCAAAUGCGGACAAAAGUCGUUUGAGCUGGGAAUCCUUUCUUCCAAAUCAUGCCAUCUUUAAAACGUUUGAAAAUCAUGCGAAAUUCCCGGAAGAUGAGACAAUUCUUGAUAAGAAUAUUCUUGCAGAGAUCCAUGGCGAUUUAUUUCUUUGGGACGAUAGAAAGAAGCAGAUAAAUGUGGCUAAUCUGAAGAAUUUAAAGGCAAAGAAUGAGCGGUCCUCAAAGCUACAGACAUUCCUUUGCACCAGUCCUCCUUUGUUUAACGUCAAUAAGAUGGUAUUCAGCGAGAGUGGGGUGUACCUUGCCCUGAUUGGUCAACAUGGUAUCUGUGCUGUUGAAGUGCCGCAGAAACGAGGAAAGUUCACGCAGUACGAACAUGGAAAAGACAAAAUAAAUUGCAGAUCAACUAAUGUGGAUGAGCAUUUCUACACAUGUCAUCAAUCAAUCACAAUAUUUGAAGCAAAAUGGUUCCCUGGUUCAAUCAAUGAUACCCAUAUUGUUGUAUUAACUUCGGAUAACCAAAUGAGGGUUUACGACAUCACCAAACCUCGCAGUCCACUGGUUUUAAUCAGUGUUGGCUCAGUUCCAGCCAACCAAAGCCUUUGCUCGCCAGGAAAAGCAACAUUUGCAGAAGCCUUUGGGGAAAUCGUCAUCUCUUUUGAUUUUGCUGGGGUUGUGAGCUCUGAGUUGUUUAGCAAGAGAACACCUGUCACCAGAGACAGUGUUGUACACCCAGUAUUUCUUCUGCGUGAAAAUGGCGAUGUGUUGUAUAUGUUGAUGACUUUGUCAGGAAACAGAUUUCUUUAUGAACUCCAAGGAUGUCUACCAAUGUACCCUCCAGCUGAGGACAAUUAUGGUGUGGAUUCCUGUUCCCUCAUAUGUUUCCCGACAAACCCUGUUGUUGUUGCCAUAACAACCAGCGGUGGUGUGAUCUACCAUUGCAUUGUGCUGGAUUCCGAGGAAGAAGACGUCUUCAGCAGACCAUUUGACGUAAGCGACGGUGUGUCUAGUCGCGAUGAAAGCGUAUUCUCUCAAUCAUCCACGAAGCAAUCGCUUUAUGUUUACGAGUGUAUGGAGCUUGCUCUCUCUGCAAACUCUGAGAAAGAAAAGAGCUUUGAGGACGCUGAAAAGUUUGAGAGAGAAGCUGUCGAUAACAAGGACGAAUCUUAUACAGUGAAACUUUUCAAAGACAAUUCUUCGAGCAAUCGUUACCAUUGCUAUCACCCGGCCGGUGUUCAUACGGUCACUCUCCCGUGGUUACGAAAUCUACAACGCUUCUGUAAUGAAGCGGAUCAAGUGGUCAGCUUUGAUCCGAACGAAACCGGGAUAGUUCAGCAUCUUAUUUGUACAAAUCCUGUCCCAUCAAGUUUCGUCAACCUUAUCGGCUUCACGGUGGUAAGCGAUUGGGAACUGGGUCCGACCGUCGUAGCUCUAACGGACGCCAUGGAAUGCAUAACUAAAUCACUCAAAUUUCUAAAUCGCCCUUCUUCGCCUGCUCCUCAUUCAUCAGAUGGGAAGGAACAAAACAAGCAAGUGGAAUCCGAAGAACGAUUGAGCUCUGGUGGGGAAUUCGAAAACCACAUCAAGCAGCUUUUAAGACGAGAUUCCUCGAAUCCUCUGUUAAGAAGCUCGUCAAAGAAUACAGAUCUGGCUCCAAAGGAUUGUUAUAAGUUCCUGACGGCUGCAAGCCAGACAUUUCGUGUAGAAUACUUAAAUAGACAGAAAUUAGCACAAAAGGAAAUCGAACGAAGGUUGGAUAUUUUGAGGACACAGAAUACGAAACAAAUGGAAGAUCUUGAGUGUUUAGACGACGAGAAACUAGCCUUGCAGGAGCGAAUGGAAAUGUUGGCUGAAAGAUACGAAGACACGAAGGACAGACAGGAAUUGAUUUUAAAAAGAAUCGAGAGUGUUUUGGAGUUUAUUCAGUGGAGACAACCAUUGCUGUCUCAUGCUGAAGGUGAAAUGAAAGAGGAACUACAAAGAAUGGAACGAAACAUUCAAACAUUUAAAAAAUCUUUUCACCAGUUACAACAGAAACGAAAAUACCUCGGAGCUAAAGAUGAGGAUGGAUGGACGCCAAAGGCGAAAGCCUUGUCAGAGAGUCAUAAACGACAACUAAAUCAACUUUUGAAAGAAGAGGGAGAUGAAAUUCAAACUCUUGUGAAACAGGUGAUGAAUCUGAAACUUCAAGUCGGGUUUUAAGGGAGGCAGACAUGAAGAUUUCAAGACCUGGUAUUUUUACAACGCUGAAUGAGAAUGUUUUGAACACUAUUCCGCUGUAUCAUCCAAUCCCCACGAUUGCAAGUGUAGCUGUGGACACGUCUGUCUUUUGAGAAUGUCACCGUUCUCCAGCGAUGCUUUCCUGCAUACGUACGAUUUGUCCUCUUACAUCUAACACAACUUCAUCAGUAACCAGUUGAGUGCUGACACCGGCAUAUCCUGUAGAAAUAUUAUGAAUACCAUGUCCACAUUUUUACAUCGAAGGCCCAAAGAUGGAAAAAGAAUAUGUUCGAUCUCUGGGGAAAAGUUGUUUCAUAGUUAAACGCUCGUGUGCAGGAGUAAAAAAACACAAUCAAUCAUCCGCUAUCUUCGAGGUCGAUGAAAGACUGAGUCUGAGGCAUUAUCAGUGGAAUGAGAGGAUUCAAUAUGAAAGUAACAGUGUUAGUUAUGCGUGUAAAUAGUGCAAGAAUAGAAUAGAAAUUUUUGUAUGAUUUAUAUGAAUUCUGUUUGGUUUGUAUUUGUUUGCAAGGAAGAAAUUAUA